AUGGAUAUGCUGGCGAAGCAGUUAUCCCAGAUUGCCACUUCCCUGAGUGAGAUGCGUGGGAAUGAAAGAAGAAUCCAUGCCACAGUUAAGCCACCAGAUAGGGCUAACAUCAGUCAAAUCACCCUUAGGUCCGAACAAGAGUAUAAGGGUCCGACAAUGAGGAUUGAUGAAGGGACGCCUACUGGGGUCAGCAAAGAAGGAGAUGAUCUAAUCCAUCAGAAGGAAGACACUGGGACAAAAGAAGCGGAAACAAGGGAAGCCAGAACAAAGGGUGAUAUCCAGAUCGGUGGCUUGAGAAAACCAGUACCCCGAAUGGCUGACCCACUUUUCCUAGACCCAGGAACUGAAGUGGACAAAGAAGAAGUAAUGAAAGAAAGUGGAGAGUCUUCUAAGGGAGAUUCUAGCAACACGGUCAAACAAGUGACCCCUUUCCCUACCGAGGGGAUGUCAGAAAAAAAGAAAGAUGAUCCAGUAGACUUCAUGGAAAUCUUCGGCAAGCUGGAAAUCAACCUGCCAUUCCUGCAGGCUCUGAAGCUGCCUCUUUUCAGCAAGUUCAUCAAGGAAUUCAACGCCGAUAAGACUAGACCCAAUGGCAAAAUAGUGAUCGGAGAAAGUGUUUCAGCAGUGAUUCAGAAGCGGAGGAUGUCAUCAAAACGCACCGACUCAGGUAUGUUCACUCUGCCCAUUUCAAUUAGGGACAUUAGAAUUGAGCAUGCUAUGUGUGAUCUAGGAGCUUCGAUAAAUGUUUUACCGCUUUCCAUCGACAAGAAGUUGGUAGGAGUACGAAUGCUUGAAACGAAAGUGGUGAUCCAAUUAGCGGAUAGGUCAUGCAUUAGUCCAGAGGGUGUGUUAGAAAAUGUGAUGGUUAAGGUACAUGAUUUCUUGUAUCCAGCCGAUUUCCAUGUGAUUAGGAUGAGAGAAAAUGAAUCUGCUGAGUCUAGCGGAGUGUUAUUAGGUAGAUCAUUCCUACGCAUCGCUAAGACCAUAACUGAUGUUUUUGAUGGAACAAUUUUCCUGGAUUAUCAUGGGGAGAAAUUCACAUUUAACAUUGAUGAGGCUAUGAAAAAACCUUAA